GUAGUCGAUUUUGGAAACUAGAUUCGGACAGCAUUAGAAAAUGGUGAACGCAUUAUAUUUGAGUAAGUUUACAAGGGACGUGACUUGAAGGGGGACACUUUUCGAUGGUAACAUUUUUCAUCACAACACCGGAAGCAGCAAGUUAAAAUUUCCGCCCAAAAUAGCGAUUCCUCGAUAUGAUUGGUCGAAGACCUUCAAAAUAGUGCGGUUCAAUUCGCUAGACGGUUAUGUCACUAAACAGUCACGUCCUCGUGCCGGGUUGAACCAAUAGGAAUGUACAAAAUCCCUUUUCUUUACUUCCGGGUUAGCUCUCCGCGAUGCACUGAUCGUUUGCUAGCUUUUUCGGAUUUUGUAGCUUUAAAAAUGUGUCCAGUAAAUUAAAUUUCUGUCCGUCUUUACUGAUAAUAUAAAGGACAUCAAUCGGAAAUGACCGGAGAAGUUUGUUCUUCUGUUUUUUUUCGAGAGGAACAUAAAUAGUUUCGGUUCUGAAGAUGAUGGAGCCGGAUGUCCUGACGGAGGUCCCUGCGGCGCUGAAGCGCUUGGCCAAACAGGUGGUCCGGGGCUUUUACGACGUGGAGCACGCCCUGGCCCUGGACGUGCUCAUCCGUAACCCGUGUGUGCGUGAGGAGGACAUGCAGGAGCUGCUGAAGUUCGACCGCAAGCAGCUGCGCUCUGUGCUCAACACCCUGAAGGCAGACAAGUUCGUCAAGUGCCGCAUGAGAGUGGAGACGGCUGUCGAUGGCAAGACGACGAGACACAACUACUAUUUCAUCAACUACAGAGUGUUGGUCAAUGUGGUCAAAUACAAACUGGAUCACAUGCGACGGCGCAUUGAGACGGAUGAACGAGAUUCCACCAACCGAGCCUCCUUCAGGUGUCCCUGCUGCUCCUCCGCCUUCACGGACCUGGAGGCCAACCUGCUCUUUGACAUGAUGACAGGGACAUUUCGCUGCACCUUCUGCCAGACGGAGGUGGAGGAGGACACUUCCGUCUGUCCCGACGGCAGGACUCUGGUGGCCCGCUUCAACGAGCAGAUCGAGCCCAUCUAUGCGCUCCUGCGCCAAACCGAAGACGUCAACUUGUCCCACGACCUGCUGGAGCCCGAGCCCACCGAGAUCCCUGCUCUCAAGCAGAGUCGGGAACGUGCAGCGGCGUCGGCUGGAAACGCCGCUGGUGGACAGCACCGGGAAGCGUGGUCCACCAAAGGCUCGUCCUACGCAGACCUGUACACGCAGAACGUGGUGAUCAGCAUGGACGAGCAGGACGAGCAGCAGAAGGCGGCGAGCGAGGCCAAGGCCCCCAAGGAGCGGCCGGUGUGGUUGACCCAGAGCACCGUCCAGGGAGCUUACAGCGAGGCCGACGGCCUCAAGAACGACGGAUCAUCUCUGCCCGGAUCUCAGGACGGAGCAGCAGCUCGCGACCAGACGGACGAAAACGAGGAAGUGAUGCGCGCUCUCCUCAUCCACGAGAAGAGGGCGGUCGCAGGAGCAGGAGUGGGCGGAGCCGGCGCCUCCUCCAGAGCUCCCGCGUCCUCCGCCGCCAACGCCAGCGACUCGGAGAGCGACACCAGCGAGUCGGACGACGAGUUCCCCUCAGGUCCUCCCCCUGUCAUGGCGGCGCAGCAGCGAGAGGAGGACGAAGACGACGACGAUGACUUCGAGGAGGUGGGGGACGAGCCCAUGGUGACGGUGGGGGGUCGGCCGUUCUCGUACCGGGAGGUGAGCCAGAGGCCCGAGCUGGUGGAGCAGAUGUCUGCGCAGGAGAAGGAGGCCUACAUCGAAAUGGGACAGAACCUUUUCCAGGACAUGUAUUUCUGAGUUUCAUCUAUCGGGGAAGUGUCGCUGCUGCAGGAUGCAUCCAUCUGCAGAGUCUGGACAGAAACCUUCUGCAGAUCCACUCAAUCCCUUCUGCUGAUCCACUCGAUCCCUUCUGCACAUCCACUCAAUCCCUUCUGCUGAUCCACUCGAUCCCUUCUGCUGAUCCACUCGAUCCCUUCUGCUGAUCCACUCGAUCCCUUCUGCUGAUCCACUCGAUCCCUUCUGCUGAUCCUCUCGAUCCCUCCUGCAGAUCCACUCGAUCCCUUCUGCUGAUCCACUCGAUCCCUCAUGCAGAUUCACUUGAUCCCUCCUGCAGAUCCACUCGAUCCCUCCUACAGAUCCACUCGAUCCCUUCUGCCGAUCCACUCGAUCCCUUAUGCUGAUCCACUCGAUCCCUCCUGCAGAUCCACUCGAUCCCUCCUGCAGAUCCACUCGAUCCCUUCUGCUGAUCCACUCGAUCCCUCAUGCAGAUUCACUUGAUCCCUCCUGCAGAUCCACUCGGUCCCUCCUACAGAUCCACUCGAUCCCUUCUGUACAUCCACUCGAUCGCUUCUGCGGAUCUACUCGAUCCCCAUGCAGAUCCACUCGAUCCCUUCUGUGCAUCCACUCGAUCCCUUCAAUUACAGCUUCCUGUUUCCUUCUGGGAAGAAGACGAUUGGAUGACGCAUCUCUGCGUGUUGAGACUCCUUCAGGAGCCCAAAAGAAAGUCUGUCAAACUGGAUUUAGGGUUAAAAAGAUGCAAAGAUGUAGUUCCACACUGAGUUUUUUAGUUCAAACUCACAGUUGGAUGCUGAACAACCAAAAGUUACAUUCUGCUUAAAGGAGAUUAAACACCAAUCUCCCUGAGACAAACGUUUAAGGAAUUUUUGCUGCGUUUUUCUUCAUCGUUCUGACAUUUCCUGCUAAAAUGCCAAACUUACAGCUGUGGGAAUCAAAGCGGUGAACAGCGGCGCCUAACUUCCCUUUAAUACAAGUUUUGUCAAUAAAAAUGUAGUUCUGAAGCUUU